UUAACCAACUUUUUAGCGACAAAAGAAAAAGCAGGAAACAAAGAAGCAAGCGAUUUAAACACAGAACUUACAGUUGGGCAGCUCAAAUCCUUCCAACUAACUUCUCCUCGUCUUCUCCGCCCACCCUUCACAUUACUACUCAAACUCUCACUCAACUCUCCAAAAUUCUCAAUCCCAAUUCUCUCAAACCAUGGCAGCUUCAUCAUCUCCAUUCCUCACCAAACUCCCAGUCUCAACCAAACCAAUCUCCUUCUCCUCCCCUCUCUCCCCCUCUUUUCCGUCCACAUUUCCGUCAAGAAACGCCGCCAAACGGUGCUUUAACGGAAAAAAUGCGUUGACAGUCCAAUCCAAGAUCCGCGAGAUCUUCAUGCCGGCGCUCAGUUCGACAAUGACCGAGGGCAAAAUCGUCUCAUGGAUUAAAUCAGAAGGCGACGUGUUAUCCAAAGGGGAAAGCGUCGUCGUUGUAGAGUCUGAUAAAGCUGACAUGGACGUCGAGACUUUUUACGACGGCAUUCUCGCUGCUAUUGUUGUCGCUGAAGGUGAAACUGCUCCCGUUGGUGCUCCUAUUGGUCUUUUAGCUGAAACUGAAGAGGAAAUUGCUGAAGCUAAGAGUAAAGCCGCUGCGAAAAGCGCGCCGGCUUCUGCUGAUUCUCCGGUUGCUGUUGCUUCUCCGGCUGUUAGUUCUAAUCCUGCUCCCGCGAUCGCGCAACCUGCUCCGGCUCCUGGAGCGCCGGAAGGGCCUAGGAAGACGGUGGCGACUCCGUUUGCUAAGAAAUUGGCGAAGCAGCAUAAGGUGGAUUUGGAUAAAUUGGUUGGGAGUGGACCUUUUGGGAGGAUAACUCCGGCUGAUAUAGAGGCGGCUGCUGGUAUUAAGCCUAAGACUGCGGCUGUUGCGGCAGUUGCUGCUCCUGCUUCGGCUCCGGGUCCGGGUUCUGCUCCGGCUAAAGCUGCUCCUCUACUUCCGGGGGCUACGGUUGUGCCUUUUACUACAAUGCAAUCGGCUGUUUCGAAAAAUAUGUUGGAGAGCCUUUCAGUGCCGACUUUUCGAGUGGGGUAUCCCGUAGUAACUGAUGCUCUUGAUAAGCUCUAUGAGAAGGUGAAACCAAAGGGUGUGACAAUGACUGCAUUGUUGGCCAAAGCUGCAGCAAUGGCACUUGCUCAGCACCCGGUUGUUAAUGCAGGAUGUAAAGAUGGGAAGAGCUUCACUUACAAUAGUAGCAUUAACAUCGCAGUGGCAGUGGCUAUUAAUGGUGGUUUGAUUACCCCUGUUCUUCAAGAUGCUGAUAAGUUGGACCUUUAUCUGUUAUCACAAAAGUGGAAAGAGUUGGUAGAGAAAGCCAGAUCAAAACAACUUCAGCCUCAUGAGUAUAAUUCAGGGACGUUUACUCUUUCCAAUUUGGGAAUGUUUGGAGUGGACAGAUUUGAUGCUAUUCUUCCUCCUGGUCAGGGAGCUAUAAUGGCCGUUGGAGCAUCAAAACCAAAUGUGGUAGCUGAUAAAGAUGGUUUCUUUAGCGUGAAAAGCAAAAUGCUGGUCAAUGUAACAGCGGAUCACCGAAUUGUCUAUGGAGCUGACUUGGCUGCCUUCCUUCAGACCUUUGCUAAAAUUGUUGAGAACCCUGAAAACCUAACUUUGUAGAUGACGUUUCCGGUUCUUUUCAACAACGCCGUUGAUUUUGAGUGUUUUUUUACUUAGCUGAGGAACACGUUUUUGCAGCAUUUCUAGUUAAAAGUAUGCUCAUGUUGUAGCAGUUCUUGUGUUCUGAUUUUGCAAGGAUCUUAGUGACUAAAUGUAUACUGUCGAUUAAAUUUUAAAAUGAAAGGAAUAAGAAGUUCUUCACA